UGUCACUGUAAACGCCGAGGUCAAGGGGAACGAAGCAUGGCUGCGUUGUUCAGAGGGUCUCGGAAUUUAUUGCAAAGAUGCAAUAAACAUGUCGAUCUGGUUCUCGUGUCGAGCAGGUCGAUGGCCUCUAAGACUCCGGUCGGGUUCAUUGGGCUUGGGAAUAUGGGCAGCCCCAUGGCCAAGAACCUGCUGAAGCACGGAUACCCUGUCAUCGCCACCGACGUCUUCCCUGAGUCCUGCAAGGAGCUACAAGACGAGGGGGCACAGAUCCUGGACUCCCCAGCGGAGGUUGCAGAUAAAGCAGACAGGAUCAUCACCAUGCUACCCUCCAGUCCCAACGUCAUAGAGGUCUACACUGGACCCAACGGCAUCCUCAAAAAAGUGAAGAAGGGAACGCUGCUCAUCGACUCCUCCACCAUCGACCCCUCCGUCUCCAAGGAAAUGGCCCUCGCCGCCGAGAAGAUGGGCGCCGUCUUCAUGGACGCUCCCGUGUCAGGAGGUGUGGGAGCAGCCAGCCUGGCUAAUCUAACCUUCAUGGUAGGAGGGGUAGAGGAGGAGUACACUGCAGCCCAUGAGCUCCUCACCUGUAUGGGCGCUAACGUAGUGUACUGUGGACAGGUCGGCACGGGACAGGCAGCUAAGAUCUGUAACAACAUGCUGUUAGCGAUUGGGAUGAUCGGGACUGCGGAGACCAUGAACCUCGGAAUAAGGUUGGGUCUGGACCCUAAACUGCUGGCCCAGAUCCUGAACAUGUCAUCAGGCAGGUGCUGGUCCAGUGACUCGUAUAACCCAGUACCAGGCGUCAUGGAGGGAGUCCCUUCUGGUAACAACUACCAGGGAGGCUUUGGGACCACGCUCAUGGCCAAGGACCUGGGUCUGGCCCAGCACACAGCCACCAACACUAAGACCCCUGUCCCCCUGGGCUCACUGGCCCAUCAGAUCUACCGUGUCAUGUGUGCCCGCGGCUACGCCAACAAGGACUUCUCCUCUGUGUUCCAGUUCCUACGCGAACAGGAGGAGGAGCCAGAAAAGAAGGGGGACUAGAACCCCUUCCCUUAUCCCCCCCAGCCACACCCCUACUUCCCCCCGUACACCCCAGCCACACCCCUGCCUUUACCUGAGGAGAGAAUUGGUAUCAGAGGGGUACGAGAACUUGAGAUAGAAGUUGCUCCUUACUGCUGAUCCAGGGUCAGAUAUGAUUUAAUCUCCCUAAUGGUUAAGGUUAGGACUGGUGGUAGGUUAGGGCAGCCUCUACUUCCCCUGGCCAGGGAGGGGGCAGGGUGGUACGCGUGGUCUAACACAAUGUGUCGAGGGGAUGACGUACGUAGGUUUAAAAGAUCAUGUUUGACAGAUCAGAUAAUGUGGAUUACGUUGUACUUCCUGUUCUUUGUUUUGGGUUGUUUUUGUUUUUCUUGCCGGGAGUUUGUCUGUUACCCGUGUUACAACCGAUGAUCCUGCCUCUUUGUCAGAGAAGAGAAAAAACCGCAGCAGCUCCUCCUCCAGGACUCUGUGGUUUAGUCUGGGUGAACAGACUUAGAUAGAGAGACUGACCACGUCCCACCUGUUCAGCAGUAGCCUGAAAUAAUAAUAAUACUAAUAAUGAUGAUGAUGAUGAUGAUGAUGAUGAUGAUGAUGAAGAUGCUAUAGAUCUGAAGACAGUUAGGGAAGGGCGUACCACUACCCUCUGUCUGAAGACUCUCACAUACACACUUGAGCAUUAUAUACAUGAUAACCAAUAUUACAUUACCCCAUACCAUAUGGGCUCAGAUGUUUACUCAUUUUGUUACCCUGUCUUUUUUUGGGGGUGGGGAGGAGGUAGUUGGUGGGUGGGAUUUGGGAGAAGGGGUGUGGUAGGUAGUAGUGGUUCACUGAUGUAAACCUCCCAUUAUUUGUUCAUUCAUUAUCCAUCCAUUUAUUCAUUUUUUUUCAUUCACUUAAUUUUUUAUUCAGUCACGUGUUUUCAACUCGAGCACAGUAGUGUUUGUUCCGGUUUUUUGGGCACAUCCACCAUGCUCACUUCUCAUUAUACAGACCCACUGCUGUCCAGUACUGUGAGCCGCUAUUGGCAGCAGCUCCCAGGUCACUAUGCACUCUGACCAAUCAAUGUGGAGCGGGCCCAGUGAGUCCUUUUGAUAUACUUCCUUUAUUGUAGAUUCUGCGUCUGAUUUGAUAUACAUCUAUACUGGAAUUACAGCUUCUGUUUUACA